AUGGCGCCGAAUACAUCUGUCAGCUUGGAGGACAAGUUCCUAAAUCUCGACGAUAAGGAUGUAUACGACCACGUCAAGGCCGAGGCUGCCAGUGACAAGACUCGCAACUUUGUCGUCGAGUUCAACCAAAAUGAAGCUAGAAUUGCAUUCGACCUCAGCCCGGAAGACUUCAUAGUAAUCCUUGGUCAGAAGGCCCCCGAGGGCACGGUACGCUGGAUCAACAUUUGGUCGCCAAGCACGCAAAGCUCGACCGUACAGCAAAUCGGCAACCGCUAUGGGUUCUCUCAGAGGUUGCAGGCCAUAAUGAGGGCUUCUCCUCUAGCAUCUGUACUGAAAAAUGACAAAAAACAGUUGGCCAAGCAGAGCGACAUCGAAUCAGGGUCGAUGUAUGAUGAGCCUAAGGCGCAGCCCUCAGCUCGAACAACUGUGCAGAACAUAGAGGACCUCGAGAUUUACCAGCUGGUCAAGGAAACCGUUAACUACACAUCGAUUGAUCAGGGGAAACAAUGUGGGUACUGA